AUGGCCUCAACAUUGGCCAGGCUCUCAAAGUAUGCAAAGGGCGAGAACACCACGAGCGUCUUGAGCCACGCCAAGCACAUCGCCGUCGCGGUCGAGAAGGCGACCAACGAUGAUGUCGUCUCCCCCAAGGAGAAGCACGUGCAGACCCUGCUCGAGGUUGUCCGAUCAGGCGCAUCGGUAGCCGACGUGACCUUCCUGGUCAACUAUCUGAACCAUCAGGUUACCGACUGCAAGCGCGUGACCCAGAUGCUGAAGACGCACGUCUUGCUCCACCGUCUCCUGCUGGACAGCGGCGAGGAGUUCCGCACGCAGAUCAUGAAGAUGCACAAGUGGGUCGUGGAGGACCGGAACACGGACUCGACCCUCAAAUGCCUCUUCUCCAUCCGCGCGUGGAAGGACGAGGCCAACAUGGAGGUGAGCGGAUGGUGCCGCACCUACGCGUCUUACCUCGACGAGUUCGUCUCAAACUGGGAGGAUUUCUCCGAUUUUGCGCGCAUCAAUAAGAACCCGCAGGGCGACGCGACCCAGAUGCGGUCCCUCCCCGCGGAUGAGCUCGUUCGCAAGCUCCCCAAGGCGCAGCUCUUGAUGCGGCGGAUAAUCGACUGCGAGGCCAUCAACGAAUCUCUCACAGCCAACGAGGUGGUCAUCGCCGCCACCAGGCUCCUGUUCAAGGACUCGUUCAAGUGGUACCACAUGUGCAACGACGGAGUAAUCAGGCUCAUCGACCUGUUCUUCGACAUGAACAAGCAUCACGCGGCAAAGGCGCUCGAGAUGUACAAGAAGGCGACCACGCAGGGUGACGACUUAUCCCGAAUGUACCGCAACGCCGAGGAAAAUUGGCUCGCGUUUCGAUCCGAGAAGUUUCCCGCGGUCGAGAACCCGCCCGGAUCCUUCCUGCAGACCAUGGAGGAGUACGUCAAGAACGCUCCGGCGGAAGGGAAGGGACCGGCGCCGUCCCCGCCGCGCGCCGCCGCCCCCGCGCCGGCGCCGCCGCCGCCCGCCCCCGUCGACCCCAUGUCGGACCUCCUCGGCGGGAUGAGCCUCAACACUCCGAGCCCUUCGCAACAGGCGCCCGCAGCGGCCACCUUCGACGCGUUCGGCAGCGGUGACACCUUCGGGGCGAACGGAGGCGCGGGAUUCACGGGGGGUAGCGCGGGAUUCACCGGAGGAAGCGCGGGAUUCACCGGGGGCAGCGCGGGAUUCACGGGGGGCAGCGCGGCGCAGCAGACGCCUUCGCCGACGGCGGCGGCGCCCCCGGGCGAUAUCUUCAGCGCCUCCCCGCCUGCGGCGGUGGCGGCGGCGUCGGCGUCGGCGUCCCCGCCCCAGGUUGAUUUCGACCCCUUUGGGACGAGCGCCGCGGCGGCUGCGCCCAUCCCGCCCCCCGCGGCUGGGGCGGGCGGGGCGCCGCAGGGUCCGCCCAGCGUGAACCCGUUCGGCUCCGACCCGUUCGGCGCGCCGGAGCAGCCCAAACCCGCGGUGGACCUGGACUCGUUGUACGCGCAAGGUACGCGUUCGCCGCCCCAGCAGAUGGGUGGCAUGGGGAUGGGGAUGCAGCAGCCGGGGAUGAUGCAGCAACCCGGAAUGGCGAUGGGGAUGGGCAUGCAGCAGCCGGGGAUGGGCAUGGGUAUGGGGAUGCAGCCCGGUAUGGGGAUGCAGCCCGGUAUGGCAAUGCAGCCCGGUAUGGGGAUGCAACCCGGUAUGGCAAUGCAACCCGGUAUGGGGAUGCAACCCGGUAUGGGGAUGCAACCCGGUAUGGGGAUGCAGCCCGGUAUGGGGAUGCAACCCGGUAUGGCGAUGCAACCGGGCAUGAUGCAGCAGCGGUACGCAGCGUCCCAAAUGCAACCCGGCAUGCAGCAGAUGGGCAUGCAGUUCACGCCCCCGCAGUUCGGUAAGACCUCCCCCAAGAACGAUGGCGGGGCGCAGGGCGGCGGCUCGCUGCUCUGA